AGCUAAAUGGGUCUGAACGACAGCAGCCCCGGCGCCAUGCGGAAUGGCCGAGGCCUCUCCGACCAGUGGGCCGAGUCGGUGGUGGUCCGGCCUCGAACCACAGAGCGCCACAUCACGGUGCACAAACGGAUGGUGCUGGGCUUCGCUCUGUCCAUCCUCACCCUCAUCAUAGUCACGGCGGUGGCUGUGGUGCUCAGCGUCCGCUUCGAGGAAUGCGCCGGACGAGAUCGCGACGGAGCUGCUGGGGAGUCCGGGUCGAGGGGCGGCGGAGGGUCGGCGAAGCUGAAUGGCAGCAAAGGCGAGAGGACGGGCGAGAGGGCGGACGAGGAGGGGGUCCAGCCGUGGAGGAACUCCCGGCUGCCGGGUUCCCUGAGGCCGCGGCACUACGACCUGCAGCUCGCCGUCUACAUGGACAACUUCACCUUCUCCGGAGAGGUCAGCGUCGAGCUGGAGUGCGUCAACGCCACCAGGUUCAUCGUGCUGCACACCGACCGCCUCGAGGUGGACCGGGUGUCCGUCACAGCAGAAGGCAGCGCCGGUGGCCGCCAAGCCAACAGGCCAGGGGGCGGAGUCAUGCGCAUUCACCGCCACUUCCCCUACCCGGCCAAUCAGAUGUACGUGGUGGUGCUGCACCGCGAACUGAAGCCGAUGAGGGUUUACAGGCUGAACAUGAGCUUCGACGCCGCCAUCGAGGACGAGCUGCUGGGCUUCUUCAGGAGCUCAUACACCCUGCAGAGAGAGAGACGCUACCUGGCGGUGACUCAGUUCAGUCCGAUUCACGCCCGGAAGGCCUUCCCCUGCUUCGACGAGCCCGUCUACAAGGCCACGUUCACCCUCACGCUCCGCCACGACCCGCAGUACACCUCGCUGUCCAACAUGCCCGUGGAGAGCAGCUCGCUGUCGGACGAAGACGGCUGGGUGACCAAUCGCUUUUCCCGAACGCCUCGCAUGUCCACGUACUACCUGGCCUGGGCCGUCUGCAACUUCACCUACAAAGAGACGCAGACCGACGGCGGCGUGACGAUCCGUCUGUACGCUCGGCCGGAUGCCAUUUCCAGCGGAGCGGGGGACUACGCUCUCCACAUCACCAAGAGGCUGCUGGGAUUUUACCAGGACUACUUUAAAGUUCAGUACUCACUGCCCAAGCUAGAUUUGCUGGCGGUGCCCAAACAUCCCUACGCCGCCAUGGAGAACUGGGGGCUGAGCGUGUUCGUGGAGCAGAAGAUCCUGCUGGACGCCGAGGUGUCGUCGUCGUCCUAUCAGAUGGAGCUGACCAUGGUGGUCGUCCACGAAAUCUGCCACCAGUGGUUUGGUGACCUGGUGACUCCGGUCUGGUGGGAGGACGUCUGGUUAAAAGAAGGUUUCGCUCAUUUCUUCGAGUACGUCGGCACCGACUUCCUCUUCCCGAAGUGGAACAUGGAGAAGCAACGCUUCCUGACUGACGUCCUCCAUGAGGUGAUGCUAUUGGAUGGACUUAGCUCCUCCCACCCGAUCUCCCAGGAAGUGGAGCAGGCGACGGACAUCGACCGCGUGUUCGACUGGAUCGCUUACAAAAAGGGGGCAGCGCUAAUCCGGAUGCUGGCUAACGUGAUGGGACAGACGCUGUUCCAGAAAGGACUCAAUGACUAUCUGCUGAGUCACAUGUACAGCAACGCGGCCAGAGACGACCUGUGGAGCAAACUGUCUCAGGCGAUGUGCUCAGAGGGGCGGGACAUCGACAUCGGAGGGAUGAUGGACAGGUGGACUCUACAAAUGGGCUACCCGGUCGUUACCAUCAGCAAGAACCAAUCAGAGCAGCUCCCCACUCAUUACAUCACUGUCAACCAGGAGCACUUCCUGUAUGGACAGGACGUCAGGAACAACAACAGUUUACAGUGGCAGGUGCCGUUGACGGUCGCAGUGGGAAAUGAGUCCAGUGUUGGUUCAGAGAGCCUCAUCUGGAUCAACAACAAGACAGAGUCCCACAUGAUUGGUCAGAUGGACGACAAAACCUGGUUGCUGGGCAACAUCAACCAGACGGGCUACUUCCGGGUGAACUACGACCUCCAGAACUGGAAACUGCUGAUCCAGCAGCUCCACAGAAACCAUCAGAUCAUCUCCGUUGGAAACAGGGCGGGACUUAUCGACGAUGCCUUCAACCUGGCCAGGGCCGGGUACCUCCCACAAGGUGUUCCCUUGCAGCUGAUUGGCUAUCUGCCGGAGGAGACGUCCUUCCUGCCGUGGCACUCCGCCAGCCGAGCGCUCUACCAGCUGGACAAACUGUUGGACCGCACAGACGAAUACAGCCUGUUCAGUGACUAUGUGCUGAAGCAGGUUGCAUCGCGGUACCAUCAGAUGGGUUGGCCAACGAACGUCAAUGGAAAUGAGGGAAAUGUCCUGCAGGCGUCCUACCAGACUGAGGAGCUGCAGAGGGAGCUCAUCAUGUUAGCUUGCAGCUUCGGGAACAAACAGUGUCACCGUCAGGCCGUCGCCUACAUCUCUGACUGGAUCUCCAGCAACAAGAACAGGAUUCCUCCCAACAUCAGAGACAUAGUUUACUGCACCGGGGUGAGCCUGAUGGACGAGGACGUGUGGGAGUUCAUCUGGAUGAAGUUCCACUCGACCAACGCCGUCUCAGAGAAGAAGAUCCUGCUGGAGGCUCUGACCUGCUCCGACAACAUCUUCCUCCUCAACAGGUUACUGAACCUGUCUUUGACCUCUGACCUGGUCCCCGAGCAGGACGUGAUCGACGUCAUCAUCCACGUUGGCAGAAACCCUCAGGGUCGAAACCUCGCCUGGAGGUACUUCAGAGAAAAGUGGGACGUCCUCAACGCUCGCUACGGUGAAGCGCUGUUCAUGAAUUCAAAGCUCAUCGGUGGAGUCACGGAGUUCCUGAACACCGAGAAAGAACUGAAUGAGUUAAAAGAGUUCAUCCAGUCCAGCGGCGUGGGGGCGGGGCCUGCGGGGCCUGCGGGGCCUGCAUGGCCGCGGGCGCUGGAGAUCGUUGAGGGCAACGUACGCUGGCACCGCCUCCACCGGCGGCAGUUCUACCAGUGGCUGCGCAAACCUCCGAACCUCGGCUAACGCUGCGGCAACUAGCUAGAGGGAGGCGACUGCAAACUGACUGCUAAGCUAAUGCUAACGCACUGCUAGGUUACAGAUGCAGUCAGAGAGAGUGAAUGAAGAGAAAGACUGACUUGACUGGUCGUUCAGCUGGUUUCUCAACUGGUUUUGCUUUUAAAGAAAUUUGCUUUCAAGCUUUUUUAUUUCAGAAGGAUUAUUUGUGUGGCUGAUGUGUUUAAACUGGUUCUCCGCGCUGUAAAAAGUAGACAACUUUACGUGACUAAAGGUGCAAGCUAGCUAGCAGUCACUGCUUCAGUAAGUGCAAGCUAGCAACUAGCCUCGUAACCUAAACAUUGUGAUUAUGAUCAGAACAUUAUUGAAAUUAGCGAGAUACGAUAUUACAGCAGCAGGUAACAGUUGGUAUGGUCACUUCUUGACUUAAGAACCAGACCUGAAGUUUAUUUAUCAGUAAUUUUUCUUUAAACUACAAAAAAAAACAACUUUAUACAUCAGCAACAUGCAGUUUAAACUAUGUGGACUUCCUGACGUACAUGAAAUACUGAAAGUUAAGAGUGCAUUAUGGACUCACGUCUGAACAGAACAGAAGCAUCGACUUUCUAAUUUGAUUCUGAAACUGAGCCGAAAUUAAAUCAAACCAGGGAAAACAUCCAGACCAAACUUUAUCCCACUUAAAGGAACAUAAGAGAACGUUUAAUUGACUGACUGAAGAUCAAGCUUGUGUUUUCUGAUCCAAAUUCCUCUUCAACCAGCGACCCAGAACAUUUUAAAUCGGACCUUCGUGUGUUCUCUGCAUGAAACCAGCCGACAGCAGGAGGCAGAUCUCCCAGCAGUCAGCAGCAUGUCGAUCAUCGAACAGAGCUGUAAUUAACACUACAUGGACUCAGUGUCCUGUGAUCACAGCACUCAGAGGACCAUUCAAACUCAUUAACCCUCCACAACAUUCAAACUGCUUCAGCCUGAAUUUUAAAAGCAGCUAGGCCUUUUUUUUUUCCUUCUACUUUUUUUUUAUUUUUAUUUUUUUAAGAUCAGAAACUACAGCAGUUUGGAGAACAUCAGCAGGUUUGGGAGGGUUUGCUUGGACCCUCCUCAGAACUGUUCUCUGAGUAUUAAAACCCAGAUUAGCUUCAACAUUUUGCUCUGAACCACAGCGAACAUCACAUGUGGGAGGAUUACUGACAGGACUGAUGAUGUCGUCUGGUUUAAAACAGCCUAAAGUGAAAAACUAAAAAUGAUGAUGAAUGAUGUUCUCACAUAGUAGAAGUAUAAUGGAGAUGAAUCCUGACUGUUAUAUACAAUAAGAUUCUGAUACAUUUCAUAGUCUCCUAUGUGAGACGUUAUCAUCUGUGCCGUCCAUAAAGACUUUUGACUCGUGCAAAGAGGAAAAAACAAACAAUUACUGAAAUAUAUGAAAUAAUUAAAAAUCUAGGAGGAGUUUGUUAAAGUGCAACAUGUUCAAAACCAUAAAAAAGAAGCACAAAACUCAUAUAAUGUAUAAAAUCAAACAGAAUGUAAUAUUGUGUAAAGUUUUAUGAGUUUUUGAGCAUGUUUAGCCCAAAAGAAAAGGCAGAAGAAGAAGAAAAAUAAUAUUUCCUUCAGCUUCCUUCAGUAGGGUCGUUACCCCUUAAGCCUUAGGAGGUCUUGGAGGAGUUUGUUAAAGUAAAACAAGUCUAAAUCUGCAAAAAUUAGCAUUAAAUUCAAAGUGGAUGACUUUCUGAUGGAUUAUGGAAGGUAGAUUUUGUUUAAGUUCUAAGUGUGAUACAUGUGUACCAAAUUUAUUGAUGUAGGUGAAAGUAGUCCAUCAAAAAUAUGAUUCUUUUGGAAGAAAAAUGAUUAAAAAAGAAAUACUAAUAACAAAGGGCCUUGACACUGUUCAUGCUUCGGCUGUCAUAAUUAUCUUUUGAAAGCAAACGGAAAAAAGGGGCAGCACAGUCAGAAGAAACUCAAAACAAUGGACAUUUUGUAAAGCUGAAUGGUUUCAGAUAAAAGAAAUUUGAUUUUAAAAAAGACAACAAAAAACUUUGAUUUUACUACACAAAGAAAGGCAACAUUUUCUUUCUUGCCAAUUGUCUUUCUUUGGUUUCUUAUCACACAUCUUCAUCCGAACUUUCAAAAGUUGUCAGCAAUCACUUCCUGCUUCUUUUGUUCCAUUUUCUUUCUUAGUCAUAAACUUUGUAGAAAAUUGAGAUUACAGAAAAGGACGUUGGGGUCGACUGACACAGUUUUAUGUCAAAUGAAUAAAGCCUUGCAUAAUGGAAUGUUUAGCCAAAACUAUUAAAACUGUCAGUGGACACUGCAAUUCUGAUUUAUCUGUAGGACACAAAGGAAAAUUCAGACAGUGAAACAACAGAAGUUUUACCAAAAACAAAAAUAGAGAACAACUCAAGUUAGUGACCCAUAAAACCUGAGAAAGUCUGACUGAGAUUAAAAAUAAAACAAAUGAAAAUUAACAGAUCUCUUUGGUUUCACAAAGCACAAAACCAGAAAGUUGUGAGUUGAAUGAAGCACAUCGGCCACGGCUCCUGGACAGAAAGAUACUUUUGUUUUUAGCCAGUCAGUGGUUAGAUUUUAGUCAAUCCCUUUUCUGUCCCCAGAUUUACAGAUAAAUGAGUGGAGGGUUGUAAAAUCGGGGCGAGGAAAUGGCUGACGAGACACUGGAGACUCUCUGGGUGCGAUUGUAUGCAGAUGAUGUGACUUUUUACACGAGACUGGUCAGAUGGCGACGUGACAGAUAAAGUUCAUCGUCAGUGGACUUUUACGGUUUGUGUGACAAGACUGGACAUAUGUGAAGGAAUUUAUAGCAUGACAGAUUCUGCAGCAUGAUGGAUUCUGUGGUGUAAAGUCCCACAAAUCAGCAGGACGGUAAACUUCACAGUGGAUUGAUUAAAUUUCACAGCCUGACGGAUCUUUUAAGGCGGUAAAUAUAGCAGAUUGAUGGAUUCAAAGUCUUCAGCGGACCAACAAAUUCUACGAUUCGAAUGAUUUAUUGCCGAGAUGGAUGGAAGUCGAUGGACAAAAGUCUCCACACUUUGACGGAUCUGACGGAUUUGACGCCGCAAUGGAUUGUACAGUGCAACAGAAGGUUCUGCGUAAAAUUGUUCUUGAGCGGUUGGACAGAAAGUGUGACGGACUUGACAGGUCAACAGGUUUUCCAGCAGCAUGGAUUGUACAGUUCAAUGGAUUCGACAAGGUGGAUUUUUACAGGACGAUGGAUUUUACAGGGUUUGGAUGUCUGUUUUCUCUCUCAACGUUUUGGACUCAGUGACAAACGAGGAACUUGAAGUUGGUAGAAAAACGCAUCUGUGUGACUUUUCUUGGGGACCAACCUGGAAACUUUUAGGUGUUUUUGGAGGAAGGACUUAAAAAGAAACUAAUUAAAUGUAUGAACUGAAGCGUGGUGCGUUGAACCUCCAUCCUGUUGAACGGACUUUUUGAAGUUAUUCCUCUUCUGUUAGAUCCGGCAUUGAUGUUAAUAAUUGAGCCAUAUAUGAAUUAAUGGGCCUGCCUGCUUCUAUACACAGUGUGUCCAGUGAUGUGUGUGUGUGUGCGUGUGUGUGAUGAAGAUGAUGACGAAGAUAACAGCAGCACUUGAAGGCUGCUGUGACAGUCGUGAUAAUUAAACAUUGCUAUGAUUAUGAUCAGGACGCAGGAUGGUGGCAGAUUUGACGAUGACGGUCGAGUCAGUAAUUAUAAUUGUUGAUGAUGUGAAAAAGCUAAUUAGUAUUAUUAUGAUUAUUAUGCUAAUUAUUCAGUAUUUUCCUGUCAGGGAAAUUUACUUUUUUUUUUUUUUUAAGAAAACACAACAAAUCUGCCCCGUGUACAAACAGUGUUAAUCAAACAGAAUACUUAAAAUCAAAAUGUGGAACUCGAGGAUGUUAAUGCAGAAAAUGUAAAGAGUGUUCAUGAUGAUUAUAAUCAUAAUGAUGACGACGACGACGACGUGGGACCAAAACCUGACGGAGACAGGAAGUUGCAGAGCAGAGUUUAAUCCUACUUCCUGUUUGCACUGCUGUGGUUUCCUGUGUUUUUUUCUGAUUGGACGAUAUUAAAAUGGUUAACCUUGA